CAUACGGUGGGUGGUGGUGAUGUUUGGUGGACAUACGGUGGGUGGUGGUGAUGUUUGGUGGACAUACGGUGGGUGGUGGUGAUGUUUGGUGGACUGUGAAGGAGCCGAACUGAAAACCGACGUCCCGUGAUCGUUUAAAAGGCUUUGGGUUCAACCUGAGACCCUGUUUACCGGGCCAAGAACUGAGCCGAACGGUAAAACGACGCUUCUCUGAAAGGAGAUUGGCAGGCUGAUGUCAAACACAGAGUGUAGAGACAGGACCGGGACUAGGACCGGGACUAGGACCGGGUCAGGGACCAAGACCAGGGCCCGGGACUAGGACCAGGGCCAGGGACUAGGACCAGGGCCAGGGACUAGGACCAGGACCGGGACUAGGACCCGGGUCCGGGACUAGGACCAGGGACCGGGACUAGGACCCGGGACUAGGACCAGCGACUAGGACCGGGUCAGGGACUAGGACCAGAGACCGGGACUAGGACUAGGGCCAGGGACUAGGACCCGGGACUAGGACCCGGGACUAGGACCCGGGACUAGGACCAGGGAUGCUGAAGGUCGAGCGACCUUUAAAGUGAGAGCAGCUCACAUUACAACUGAGGACACUGAUCAAUCUAUUGAUUUAUUUCAACUCAAUAUUUCAACAGCUGAUCUUUAAAUUAUUUAUUAUUUAAUUAUUAGUCUGGUCUUAGUUCGGUUCUAGUCUGAUGUUAGUCUGGUGUCAAUGUGUAAAGUCAGUUCUGACAUUUCUUUCCAAACACAAUAAAUAUGUUGUAAGAUAGUUGCUGAAAACACGUGAAAAGACUUUGUUGAAGCCACGCCCCCAUGCGUUGAAGCCACGCCCCCACAGUCCUGGAGCUGAGGAUUCAUUUUUACCUGAUUUUGGCAAGUUCAUAAACUUGUUGAUAUUUUUAAUCAUUCAACUUUGGCUGGGUGGUUAAUACCACGUUCUUCUUUGGUCUGACCAACUCAUAUUUAUUCUGACUUCACACAGACGAAGGAGGCAGGUCUACAAAUGGUGGUGUCCAGUGUGUUGCUCAGUCUGACACUGGUUGUGACCCCCUCGCCUCACUCUCCUUCCUUGUGCAUUAGAGAAACUGCAGCGACAGACACUGAAGCUUGUUUGUUCUGGGCUCCUGUAGAAUCAGACCUUUUAUUAUUUUUAUUGAUUGUUUAAAAGUUAAACAUGAUCUGUGAAGAGGCAACGACAACGACGACAGUGACGAUGACAGGACAGGAAUCAUUUCUGGAUCGUUGGUUUCCAAAAGGUAAAAUCAGCACACUGACGUCAGGAAGACGAUCCAACAGACACACUGAACACUGUCUGGGAGAUGAGGAGGAGGAGGAGGAGGAGGAGGAGAAGUCUUUCAGGUCUAUCCUGAUGUUAUAACAGACAGUGAACUAGCCACUCCUCUGACAUACACCUGUACUGUAAUGCGUUGUGACAUCACUGUUGGGGGCGUGUCCUGUGUCAUUCAUUGUUAUUGUUUGGCCUUUAAAGCAGUUCAUCUGCUGCACCUCAUUGGCUGAAAGUCCAGGUCUGCAGGCAGCCGAUUGGCUGGCAGGCUGCCAAGAAGACGGGGCGGGGAGGUCAGCUGAUUGAUAGACAUCGAAGGUGGAGGGAGGGGGGUGAGGAGGAGGAAGAGGAGGAGCCGGAGGAGGAGGAAGAGGAGGAGCCGGAGGAGGAGAAGCUGAGUCGGGUCUGUAAAUCCAUGAUGAGCCGGCUCUGCUGCUGCAGACAACAAGUGUUCAGAGAGAGAGAGAGGAGGGACGAUAGAACGAGGUUACUCUAAACAGAGAGAGAGAGGAAAAGGAGGUUACCACGGCAACUCGAGGGACGACACUGCAGCGGCGAGCGAGGACGCCGGGACACACAGGUUGACGAGUGGAUGAGCACAUGGAGGACAGACCUGGUAGUCUGGUUCCACUUCUGACCCUCGUCAAACAUUUUAGCACUCUUCUGGGUACCAGGAUGUCAAGGGAUCAUUUGCACAACUAGCAAAGGUCACCAGAAAAAGGGAGAUCAGGACCUUUAGGUGACUAAGGUGCCAACAUGUCUCAGGCAGGUAAAGUCCUCCACCUCUACGUUGAGGUGAGGUCUGUUGCUGAGGAGGAAGGGAAGGUUCUGGGGAGAAGAGAUGAUGGGACUGGUCACCUGAUGCUUCAGUGCCCGGAUGUCCUCCCUCACUCCCGCUCCAGCCUCAACCACAGUCCGGAGCUUUCUCGAGCCUCUCAGCACCACACUGGGGUUGGAGGCCACAGCGUACCCCCCUCAAAGUCCCCCUCCAGACACUCAGUCAGCUUCCAACUGCAAAAUCCUGAUGCUACAGGGUCUCCCACCCAGGUCCACCAACACGAUGUGUUGCAUGACAGUUUUAGUCAAUUACUCCAGGUUCUUGCACCUGGAGCGACUAGUCCAAGCCAGCAUGGUUCACUGAUGCGCACCCGAUCCUCUGACAUGGAUCCUUACCGGGGUAGGGGGUUUAUGUCCCCAUCUUCUACACCCUCUGAGAGGCUUACUGUACCCUCCACACCCACCAGCCACCGCAGGUCCUAUGAUGUCCCAAGGUUAGGGGGGGAGGAAGGGAAGACAUCUGUGGUGACAUUUGGCUACAUAGAGAAAGCUAAUGUGCACAGCAUGGGGGGCCACCGUACCUCUCUGUACCAAAGUGAGUUGGAUGGGCAGCUGAGGCCUGCCCAUCUCCAGAAGAGACUGAGCGACCCAGUGUGGUACAACGGACAGCCAGGGCAGGGCGAUGCCUACCUCAGUCACCCCUACCCGUCACAGAAUCAGUCCCCACGGGGCUCGCCUUACAUGCAGAGGGCUACCCUGGAUGUUGCCAGAGAUGCCACCUAUAGGGCCUUGGAGGAGUUUGGAUCACCAGAACUCAGGCGCAGAUUUGUUGGUUACAGCCAAGAGAAUCGCAGCCCGACCUUGCCAAGGCACUAUCAGUCCCCUCGCUGCCGGUCCUGGACAGGUUCACCUGUCCUGCCCCGCAGCACCCACACCCUGCCAUCCAAGGCCCAUCCCCUGGAGCUGGACAGGGGAGUCUGCCGUAGUCCAGUGAAUGGACUACCCAGAAGUCCUGCCUCUGACCACCUAUCUGCCCACACCAGUAACUACUCUUAUUCAGCGGCUCUGACCUCAACUCCUCGCUCUCAUGGCCUGCCCCAGCAAAGGUCAUGGGUUGGGGACGAGAGCCCUAGGUUGGCCAGCAAAUUUCAUCCACCUUUACCUGUGGGAAGACCAACAGACAUUCAGCAUGGGAUCCCAACUAGCAUAUUCCCUACCAGUCACCAUUCCAGGACUGGGAACCCCCAACACAGUGUUAACAGUAGCUAUAGUGCUAAUAUCACCAACACCAGUAAUAAUGCUAUAGACAGUAUACACUGCAGUGCGAAUAAUAACUUAUCCAGCAAGACCCACCACAAAACAUCACGCGGCAGUAGCAGAGCCAGCAAUGCAGUCAGCCCUAUCAGUGACAGGAGGAGCGUCUCCCCAUCCGCGAACACUGAACUAGCUUGUAGGUUAGCUGUGGAGGCUGCCAAACUGUCCACUGUGUUUGCAGACAGACGGACUCCCUCUCCGACACCUUCUCAAGCUGAAUCCCAGAGGUCAGAAAGUCCCAAACCCCAACCUCAUGCCACUGCUCAUGGGCAAAGCUCCCCUGAACCUUUACAGACCAACAACCAGAACAACAGAUGGAAAGCAAUACCCCAAACCAGACCGGGAUGCAUCUCACCACUCCCAUCGUCUUCACCAACGUCCCCAGCCUUGCCAGCUAGGUUGCACCACGCAGCCACCUCUCAGUCGCCAGUCUUAGACCCACGGCAGCGACGGGGUACAUCACCCACUAAGGAUAUGACUACCCUGCACCGCUACCAGCUGCCACAGUACACUGGAAGCCGCAAAUCACCUGGCAUGGAGCUAAGGCCGUACGAUCACCACUUAGAUAGAUCACCAAGGGACAGCCCUGAACUUUCCAGGAGAUUUCUCUCAAGCCAAAACACAGAAGCAUUGCCCGUGAGCUGGACCUCCAGGCACCAGGAGUGGAGGGAGGCUGGAUCGACACAGCAUGGGGACGAACUCUGUGACAAAAACUACAGCCGACAGUCCACCUCUGGAGUUUACACUCCAAGGGAGGUCGGAGGAGACAAAGGAAUAAAGUUAUCAGUACAGGUUCACCAGAUGGCAAUUAUAGGUGUGUCCAAGGAUCAGAGGGAGGAGGUUCAGGAUCACAGCGGGGCUACUGGGACAUCCUCUGGGACAUCCUCUGGGACAUCCUCUGGGACAUCCUCUCAAAGCUCCAGUGGGGUAACAGGCAGUCUGUCCCCUGAAACCUCGAGCCACUCCAGCCACGAUACAGCAGAGACCGGCUCAGGGAUACAGUCGGACGGCAGCUCAGUGACAACUCCGUCCUCGCGAUCGCAGAAGAUCGCUCAAGCCAAGUGGGAAUUCCUUUUUGGAGGACAGACGGAGGACAGCGCCCACAGUAAAGACGCUCCAUCCACAACGCCUCCGACCAGCAGCUCGCCCAGCCCCACCCCUCCCUCCUCCCUCUAUCUAAAACCAGCCAAUCAGAGGAGGGGGCGGGACAGCGAAGGUCCGAAGUUGUCACAUCACGAGGUGCGGCAGAUCGAGGUGGAACUGUUGACCCACAGCUCCAGAGGCUCCACCUCCAAGACCGGCAUUAUCCGCAAGACCAUCAAAUACUCAGAGACGGACCUGGACGCGGUGCCGCUGCGGUGCUACAGGGAGACCGACCUGGACGAGGUGAUGCGGGCGGAGGCCGAGGCAGCCGAGGAGGCGGAGGCAGACUCAGCCUUCGGGAGUAAUCGCAGUGUUCUGGGAAACUCCUUCAGUCCCGCCGACGCCUCGCCGAAACCACGGACAGCCAGGGGGAAGGGAGACGAAGAGGAGGAGGAUGAGGAGGAAGAGGAGGAGGAGGAAGGAGUGGUGAGCUGGGCCAGUGUUCGGAUGCUGGGAGACAAACAAAGACAGCGAGCCACCAAGGACGAGGACGAGGUGUUCAGUCUGCUGCUGAAGGGGCCGUUGGGGGCGUCUAACUCACAUGGCGGCCUCAAGUCUCCGAUCUCCAUCGGCAGUCCCCGCCGACCGUCCGACAGCAACCUUGACUCCUUCAGCCGUCAUUUUGAAAGCAUCAUGGAGUCUCACCGGGCCAAAGGCACCUCGUACAGCAGCCUGGACAGCGUCGACCUUCUGACGUCUGGAUCCACCUCUGUGUUCACCUUCGACCUGCCCACGCUCACGCCAGAGAUCCAGAGUCAGAUCUGUGAGAGUGCCAAGCAGAUCAUCGAGCUGAGCUUCGCCCCGCUGGCUCAUCCGGACCCAUCUGCCCCCUCGGAGACGUCUCGCUCCGAAACCACCCUCAGUGCCUCAGGAGCGGGGCUCCGAGGUGGCGCCAAAGACGACUCCGGCCCUCCGGUUCGAUCCAGGUCGGAGAAAGAGACGUGGCGUCGCUCCAUCCUCAAAGACGGCUUCCGCAAAGUGAACUCGGCGCCUUCGCUCCACAGCAGCCCCAGGGAGCGUCCUGUGAACCGCCCCCCCGAGCUGCUGUACCCGCAGGCCGACGUGGCAGAGCGCUUGGCGCUUGGCUGCAGCGAUGACGGGCUGGCGAACGGCACGAAGCCCGACCUGCAGGCGGCCAAACGCCUCGCCAAACGCCUCUACAAUCUGGACGGCUUCAGGAAGUCCGAUGUGGCUCGACACCUCGGCAAGAAUAACGAGUUCAGCCAGAUGGUGGCAGAGGAAUACCUGAGUCACUUUAACUUCAGCGGGCUGACCAUCGACCAGGCGCUCAGAACGUUUCUGAGGAAGUUCGCUCUGAUGGGAGAAACUCAGGAGAGAGAGAGAGUCCUCGCUCAGUUCAGCCGGAGGUUCACGCAGAGCAACCCCGAGAGUGAGACCACUGAAGACAGCGUCCACACUCUAACCUGUGCCGUCAUGUUGCUGAACACAGACCUUCAUGGAAACAACGUGGGGAAGAGGAUGUCCUGCAGUCAGUUCAUCUCCAACCUGGAAGGACUCAACGAUGGGAAAGACUUCCCAAAAGACCUGCUGAAGACUCUGUACAGCUCCAUCAAGAACGAGAAGCUUCAGUGGACCAUUGACGAGGAGGAGCUGAGGAAGUCCAUGUCGGAGCUGGCUGACGUUCGGACAGACUCCGCCUCCCACACCAUGAAGCGGCUGGGGAGUGGAGGAAACCCGCUGGUGGGCGUCGCCCAGCAGGCUGAUGGCGAGCUCUACAAGAGCGGCUUCCUGGUCCGAAAAGUCCACGCCGACCCGGACGGGAAAAGAACGCCGCGGGGUAAGAGGGGCUGGAAGUCUUUCUACGCCAUGCUGAAGGGCCUGGUCCUCUACCUGCAGAAGGAUGAGUACCGUGCAGAGCGCGAGCUGACAGAGGAGGACGUGAAGAACGCCGUGUCCAUCCAUCACUCGCUCGCCAUGAGAGCCGCCGACUACAGCAAGAGGCCCAACGUGUUCUACCUGAGGACGGCCGACUGGAGGGUGUUCCUGUUCCAGGCGCCGAAUCCGGAGCAGAUGCAGUCCUGGAUCACGCGCAUCAAUGUGGUAGCAGCCAUGUUUUCGGCCCCGCCGUUCCCGGCGGCGAUCGGCUCCCAGAAGCGUUUCAGCCGGCCACUGCUGCCGGGAUCCAACACCAAGCUGAGCCAGGAAGAGCAGGUCAAAUCUCACGAGAACCGGUUCCGGGCAGUUUCCUCCGAGCUGGCCGAGCUCACGGCCUCGACGCCGGACCGCAAGGUGAAAGGUCGCGAGCUGGAGGAGCAGAAACUCCGACAGGAGUACCUGGAGUUCGAGAAAACCCGGUACGGUACGUACGCCAUGCUGCUCCGGGCCAAACUGGCGAGCGGAGACGAGGACCUGGCGGCGUUCGAGUCGCGGCUGUUUGACGACGGCGGCCUGCAGAGGGCGCACUCGAGCCCCACGCUGCCCCAGGACACGUCCAUGAAGGAGAAGACCCGCGGGACCAAGACGUCGAAGAGCUUGAAGGUCACUUCCUCUUCGUCCUUGACCUCCAAGACCAGCGACGCCACCAAAGAGGGAAGCAAGAAGAAGAAUGGCGGCGGCGGCGGCGGUGGGGGCGGGAACAACCAGCGGCCGGAGCUGCAGAAACAGAGCAGCAAACAGGAAGAGGCGCCAUAAGCUCCUGAUUGGCUGAGGCGCCGAGCUGAGACGUUCGAGGUCGGUGGGACAGGAAACGUUCGUCACGAAGGAGGGCGGCUGAACGGACGACGAGUCCAAACAUUCAGGAAACACUAACACGGUUUGAAAAGUGACCAAUCAGCUGCCAGCUGAGCUUAUUUCUCAUCCAAUCAUCAGCUUCAGCAGCUCAAAUGUCCAAUCGGAGAAGAGCUUCAAUUCCUGUCAGAUCUUUAAUUUCAGGGACUUUACGGACAAUUUUCAUUAAAAUGACGGAGACCAGGUCCAAGACCAGGUCCAGGUCCAGGCCCUGUCCUGGACCUGGACCUGGACCUGGUCUUGUUGAGACCGUCUGCAGGUACUUUAUUUCCUCUCGCAGCGACAGACACUGACCUCCUGCACGGCCGUCGCUCUACUUCUCCUAGCAACAGACAGACGGGGGAGCAGGUUGCCAUGCCGACCACAUAUGAUGGACAGAGAGAGCGUGGGAUUGUUGUCACGGCAACCGAGCAAAGGGGAGGAGGGGAGGGAGGGAAACAAACAAACAGACGAACAGGACCACUGUGUGUGUGUGUGCGUGUGUGUGUGUGUGGGUGUGUGUGCGUGCGUGUGUGUGUGUGUGUGUGUGUACAUGCUGGAUGGAGGUGCGUUUGUUUUCUUCAUGAGGUUCUGCUGGAACAAACGGGCCGUGUGGACGAUCAGUGCUGCCCGAGCCAAACAACAAACGACGUAACAACAUCAGAGCGUUUAACAAACUCCAUCUCCCAUCAUGCCUCAGCACCUGUGGUUAGUUCAGGUGUCUGUAAUGAGAGCGGGACAACAGAGAACUGAACGACAGACUAAAAAAUAAAAUGAUAGAUUAAUUCUAAACUAAUUAUAAAAAGUCUGUUUGUGUUCGUCUGAAACAUUUUGUUGUUUUGUUGUUUCGUGCUCGCUCAGCAGUUUGUCCUCAUCGACCUCCCGUAGUUUUUUUCUUUGUGCUGGAUAAAGUUCGAUUCCGUCCACGUGACCUUCGCGCUGCUCCUCGCCAACGCUUCUUCUUCUCCUUCAAUCGAGCAGACUGAAUUCUGGGUCAUGAAGUCUUCCACGUGCAGUUACCUGCCGCUGCCACCUGGUGUCACCAGAGUGACGCACAGACGUUGAAUGGCUUCUUUUUUACACAGAAUCAUGUAGAUGAGGUCAUCGUUUGGAUCUGAAGUCAUAAUAAUUAUAAUUAAUAUUCAUAUAAAUCUGUGAGCGUCAAGCUGUAACGACAGGAAGCGGUCACCAGGUGGCAGCAGACCGGAGCUGUGUGUUGGUUCUGACCCGCCUCACGUUUGAACCCAGAAUGUUCUGGUGCUGCUCGUCAGGUUUGAAUGCUGGAAACUUUAUUUAAACAGAAAUCUGAAGGAAAACUUGAAGAUUUUUGAACUUUGAGAAUCGUUGUGAGGAUUACGAACACUGAUGCUGCUGGACUGAUUCUUGUACAGAACCAGAACCAGAGCCGCGGAGCUCUCAGAGGGACAAACUGUGUCUUUGGACACAUUUCAAAGGUACUGACGCUCCACCGUCAAAGAUCACAUGACCAUCAUCAGGUCAUGAGCUGCGACCCGGAGCACGAUGCCCGACCCGGUCCACAUUGACACAUUGAGGUCGGUGUGGAUCGACCGGUUCUGUUACCGUGAAUGUGAACGUGCUGGAUGACGUUUGUGUCUUUGUACUGUGGGCGGCACCGAUGUUCUGGUGCUGACGUGGUCCAGACCGCCGCACAGUCUGACAUGCAUCAUGUAAGGGCUGCCACAGGUUUGUAAUGACCCGAAUCAAGGACUUUUCAAGGACUUUUCCAGGACUUUUUCUCACAUUGAAAAACUCUUUGACACUAACCAAUCAGGACUCCAGCAGGCUAAAUUCAAGCACUUUCCAGACUCGUGGUAGUCCUGUAGCGGCCUGUCAGACUGUGUGAAGGUUUCUGCUGUGACCCGGCCCGGGUGACCCGGGUCGUAUUCAGUAACACUAACAGUGUGUGUCGCUGUGUGUCGCUGUGUGUCGUGAAGCAGCGUGAUGAUGUCAUCGCUUUCAGCUCGCCGUCUGUAAAUAAACGUUCACAUCGAGAAGCCAUACCGGGCCGACGCCGCCACGCCGGGUCAGAGCACUUUGAUGUUUUAGAAGUUGGGUCCAUUUUAUUUAUUCUGUCUCAUUUUUUAGUUUCUGUCAAAGUUUUUUUUUUUUGUUCCCGCCGCUCGCCGAUGGAUCGCUGUACAUACUGUGGACUUCCUGUGAGGUUUGGUCGUAGUGAAACUUUCGAAGGCUUCGAGGCAAAAAUAAAGAAACAUUUUGAAAAGAAGAAAAA